GCAUUUUUCCACCGAGCAGUUGCAGUUUGAACGCGGAUCGUGUCGGUCGAACAUCGCUCCCUUGUUCGCUUCGUUUCCGAGGGGGAAAAUCUUGUGCCAAGCCAAACAGCAGUGAAAUAAAUCUUGUGCGUGAUCCAAAAAUAACGCCCAGAAAAUAUCUGCAAAAGGGGACACAAACAGAGCGCGUGCCAAGUGCUCAAGUGAAAAUGUUUACGCGCAGAAGGCACCAAAGUUAAUCAGUUCGAAAAAGAAAAGUAGUCGGAGAGUGAUUUAUUUUAAGUGUGCUGCAAUCGUUACUGAAUGAAAAAUAAUCAAAAAGUCUUCGAUUUGUGUGCAAAGCCACAGAAAGUGACAAAUGAAAAUACAGCCCUUGCCAAAAUUGUUUUGCGCAUUUAUCGGGCACAUCAAAGAUACAAGAAAUUAAGCGCAAAUUGCAGGCAAAACUUUUGUAGCAACUAAAGUAAAAUACAGAAAGAAUUGGACAAUGGAGAAUGCUAAAUACUGGAAGUAAAUAAGUGUGGAAACUAUUUAAGGCGCUCAAAGGAAAUCCAUGUAAAUACAGAGUAACGAAAAUGUAAGCAUUCAGUUGGGCACAACAAAGUAGGAAAAACAGUGAGAGCCGGGAAAAAGAACAAUUAACCAAACAGGAAAGACAAACACGAGCGGAAUGUGAAAAGUUUGCGGAUAGCCGAGUGUAAGACCAAAAUUAAUAUCGAAAAUAGCAGAACGCAGCAGGAAAGAGCAGGAGGCGGAAAACAAAGCCAUGAAGUUUCGUUUGGCAGCAUUUUGGCUAUUUCUGCUGACAGUUGGCGGCAAUCACUGGCAAUUAAGCCACGUUGGAUACUGGGGCGUGGCGGCCGACAGGCAGUUGCACAAAGGAAAUGAACUGGAAAACGCAAUGAAAUUGCGUGAGACCUCAAAGCAAACGCGGGUUAUCGGGGACAUCACGACGACAAUUCAGCCGGUUCCGGAUGCCAGAUCGAUUGGCCAUCAGUUUCUGCGAGCAGCCAAGGCCGCCCCGCCCAGUUUGGAGCUGCAAUUCAGGCAGACAUUGUCCCAGCUCUUCUCCAGCGACGAAACGACCAGAGGCGACGCAACUGCCACCGAACUGCCCUCGGCCGCAUUUUUGGCCACCGACGAUGGACGCGAUGGCGAGGCGACGACCACUCAUCACCCGGGGCGACGACACGUGGUCCCCGACAAGCUGCAGUACACCCAGGAGAUCCAGGUGAAGCAGGGCCGCCUCAUGGGCAUCACCAGGCGCUUCCAGGUGACCAGCGGGCUGCGCCAAGUGGACCAAUUUCUGGGACUGCCAUACGCGGAGGCGCCCACCGGCAGUCGCCGCUUCAUGCCACCGGGUGCCCCUUUGCCGUGGCAGGGACUGAAAAUAGCGCGGCAUCUUCCACCGGUAUGUCCGCAAAAAUUGCCGGAUCUUUUUGCCCACGGCAGCGAAAACAUGUCCCGUGGUCGUCAUAAACACCUCAGUCGCCUGCUGCCAUAUCUGCGAACCGAAAGCGAGGACUGUCUGUAUCUGAAUCUGUAUGUGCCACACGAAGAGCCGCAGAGCGUCCCGAAACAGUAUGCUGUGCUGGUGUAUCUGCACGGCGAGUCCUUCGAGUGGAACAGUGGCAAUCCCUACGACGGAUCCGUGCUCUCGAGUUAUGGAGAGGUGAUUGUGGUCACCGUAAACUACCGCCUGGGAGUGUUGGGAUUCCUGCGGCCCAGCAUCGACGCACACAACAUAGCGAACUACGCACUCCUGGAUCAGAUUGCGGCGUUGCAUUGGAUCAAGGAGAACAUCGGCGCCUUCGGCGGCGACAACUCGCGUGUCACUUUGAUGGGUCACAGCACGGGUGCGGCAUGCGUCAAUUACCUAAUGGUAUCGCCAGUGGCCUCAGGCCUAUUCCACCGCGCCAUCCUGAUGUCCGGAUCCGCGAUGUCCGACUGGGCAGCCAGCAAUCAGUCGCUGCAACUGACCAUGCAAAUCGCCCAUGCCCUCGACUGUCCUCUGAACGAGCACGUGGACGCGGAGGACGAGGAUGUCCUGCUCGAUUGUUUGCGCCAUCGUCGCUACCAGGAUAUCUUGCACAUACCGACGGCGCUCACACAAUUUUCAACAUCAUUGGGUCCAAUUGUCGAUGGACAUGUUAUACCAAAUCAACCGUACAAGGUCAUGGGGCAUUAUACGGAGCACUUCAGCCGUUAUGAUUUAUUAUUCGGCAUCACGGAGUCAGAAUCCUAUCAUACACUGGCCGCAUUAGCACUCGAGGAAGGAUUACGUGAAAAUGAACGCGAUAAUUUAUUGCGCUUCUAUAUGCAGAGCCGCUUUGAUGUACGCCCCGAUUUGGCAUUGGCUGCCACGCUGAAGAAAUACCAGGACAUGUACAACAAUCCGAUUAAGGCCACUAAUUUGGAGCAUCGUGACGUCGUCCUGGACAUCCUGUCCGAUGCCAGAGUCGUUGGUCCGCUGCUGCAGACGGGGAUGUUCCACGCGGAUGUCAAUAGGCGCAAUUAUAUGUACGUAUUUGGCCACAACAGCGCGACAGGACCGUAUGCCCACUUACCGCAUAGCAUUAUGGGCGAGGAAUUGGCGUUUAUCUUCGGGGCUCCUCUGGCUCCCGCAGGUCCUUUUCCCAGUGGAAACUAUACGGUGCAGGAAAAGCUGCUUUCCGAGGCGGUAAUGGCAUAUUGGACGAAUUUCGUAAAGACUGGUAAUCCCAAGGCUCCAUGGAAGGGGAUCUUCCUUAAUUCCCAUGCCCUCGAGUGGGAUCGUUAUGAUCUGGACUGGCCGGAAUUCAAUAGGAGGGCUCAGGCGUACUUGAAUAUUGGCAUUCCCCCCACAGUGGGUUAUAAAUACCGCCAGAUCUACAUGAAUUUCUGGAACAAGGAACUCCCCGACGAGCUGAAUCAGAUUGCUGCCAUUCAGGAGCAGAUGCACUUCCCCCAUCAAGAGGUGAUUACGGGUCACAUGAGCAAGUACGGGCCAAGGGACCACGGAGGGGAGGACCCCGUGAGGACACUCAAGCUGCUUCUUCAGGAACCCAGCUUGGCAGGUCCUAAUCAGAGUGGCGAAUCCACGGAAACGGCGGCGGAGAAUAUGUACAAUGCCCCGCCCACUUUUGGCCAUGUGCACAAGAUGCAGGGUGGCAGUGACUUCGAGGACCUGGUGACCUCUACGAAUCCCUUGGAAAGCGAAGAGGAUCAGCAGCAGUCUCCACCUGAAACGGUGGCCAAGUCAGAGGCCACGAUGCACCUCUUGAUUGCUCUAAUAGCCAUUAUAAUAGCUCUUAAUCUACUGAUUUACGGAACCUUCCUCUUGAGGCAACGUCGUCGGAGGGCGAAGGCUUUGCCAUUUCCUGCUCCCAAAUUAGGGGGCACCAUCCUAAGUUACGAUGGCGCCAACGAUGAGGAGCUGAAGCGGUGCAGCAAGUCCCGCGAUGGAGACGAUAGCUUCGUCUUGGAAAUGACCAGGAAGUCGAACACCUACGAGGCCAUCAAAACUGGUCAGAGAUCGCUCAGCUGCUCCACAGUGGACACCCACACGAAGGUCUGUGAAUGGAUGUCGAAUCAGGAGGCCCCAAAGUCGGGUAGUUUCAACACGGCCACGCCUCCUCCUCAACCGAUUCUAUCGGAUGGCAGGCUCAUAAUCUGCCAGGACAUCGAGGUGGCCGAUGCAGCUCUACUCAUCCCACAAAAUAUCCAUGAACCGCAGCACUACGAGAUGUUACUCCAGAGACAACACUCAGCUUUGACCGAACCCUGUGAUGAUGUCCUCCAGCAGCAGUAUCCCUUCAGGAAUCACUCGCACUCCCACUCGGAUCCUGUGGACAUGAUCCUGGCUGCCGAUGAGCAGGUCACCAGUUUUGUGCACGCCGACGACGUGGAUAUCAAUGUAACCAGUAGAGAGGAUUCCGAUGGCAUGGAAGUCAUCCCUUUGACAGCUGCACAGCAAUUGGAACUCCUGCGGCAGCGCAACUACCCGAAGGUCCUGCCCACGGAACAGGAUCCAAUGAGCACCAGUUACAAGCGGAACUCCCUGCCGCCGCAGAACUUCAGCGCUCCCCUUCCUCCUCCGCGAACCAUAAGCAAUACCUUGGGCAGGAGGCGGAGGGACAGCAGCAACAUAACCACUUCGCCACUCCAGGUGGCCAGGGACUGCGGAGCCGAGGAGGAGGAGCUCAGGGAGCCGCAGAUCUCGCAGAACACCCUCAUCGUGGGACCCAUUGUGCCCAAAUCGCCGGCCAGCAGUCUGAAGCGAGUGAAGAGAGUGCCCGAGGCACCGGCAAAAUCCUCGCUCAGCGGAUCCUUUCAGUCCUUCGAGUCCGUGCCGCCGGCCCACGAGACCACGCCCCCUCAGGGCGAGCGGACCGAGUGCAUUUACGCAAUUAAGCCCGCUCCCGUGAGCGGCAGCUGGUCGGCGCCCAAUGGCGAUUUGUACGCGCAGCCCAUUAAGUCGCCCUCGAGGACAUCGCUUAUACCACGAGCUGUAAAGCUGGGCGAAUCCCCGCCAGGAGCUGCAGCUGCAGCUGGUUGUGGGGAAUCUCCCGGAGCCUCAUCCCCGACCACGCCGGCCAGCCGCAUUCCUCAAUUGCAGCGUCAGGCUUCCGGCAAGGAUUUGCAAACAGCUAUAACAGCUUUAGCUGCAACAACAACAACGAACACGACCGACACCACCACAAAUCCUUUGGGAUGCCAGCAGCGAACCGAUUCCACAAUAUCAUCGGGUUCGUCGGCUUCCAAUGCCUCGACCACCGACUCGUCCUCCUCCUCGUCCACUGGCACCGUGCGCACCGAGCUCCAGCAGUUCCAGCCGUCGCCGGGGAGAAGUAUUACGACCAAUAUAUAGGAGCGCCAGGGAGCGGCUGCCAAGAAGUCCUGAAGGACUUCCCGCCGGGCCCGCAAUGCGGCGACAGACAGCUGCCUGCCAAGUCCUCUCCAUUGGUUGUCGGCAUCCCAAGCCAGGCCAUCUCUCUGGUUUCACCCAAGUCCGGAAUUUUAUGGAGCCUGCGUAAAAUUUAAUAAUACAUUUUGGUGUAAAGUUUAUCUUUGACUCGGCGGCAUUGCUCGUGGUUAGAGCUCCGACUGCUGGUCCUCUGACUUUUCUGCGUGGAAAGUUUCUGCCGGCGUAAAUUAGUUAGGAAAAUUGCAGAGAAGGUUUCCUUGGAGAUUGCAGCGAUGCUUCGCCGUAUCGAUAUAAGCAGCGAUUCCCGUGAGGCAAACUUGUUUUCAACCUAAUAAAACAUAGAUAAAGUCGCUUUAACCAGUUGCCUGGAAGUAAUUACAAAUCAUAUUAGUUGGAUAUUCAUGCAUCUUGAACUUCAGUUAGCUUAAAUAUUAAGUUCUUGAUUUUGUUUAUUUAGUAAUAAUUGUCGGAUUUAUAUUGAUCAUUUAAUUAUUAAAUUAUGGCUUGUAUAUACAACAAAGGAAAUAAAAAUGUAACAUUUCAGAUUAAAAAAUAAUAAUAAAGGUGUAUAACCAAAAAAAAAAAAAGAGGAAUAGAGACACAAGUUUCACAGGAAAAACACAUUAUUUCUCCUCCUUUGAACUUUAAUCAAAGUUAGACAAUUUAAGUCACAGUAUUUAAAAUAGAACCUUAAAUAAGAAGGCAUCAUUGCAACCAGUUUUAAGCACUUGAAAAUAUUUAGACUACCAUUACAGAAAAUAGCCAUAAAACGCCAAAGAAAACAUGGAACUCAAGAAAAUACUUUAGAGUUCACCACAAUCCCAAUAACGAGUAUUAUAAGAUAAAUGUUUGUAUUCUCUUUAAUGUAAAUUACGUUAACCAUAAGCCACCAUACGCACAUAUAGAUAUGCUCAGAAAUAUAGUGAAAUAAAAAAUAACACAAUGAAAGCA